CACGGUCGCGUAGGUGUUUCCGGUGUCUUAUAACAUUUUACUUCCUUCCACACAGACCGACACGAACAAAUCGAGAAAGAAGACGUCGCUAACUUUUAAAUGCUGUUGUCAACAGUCGCGUGUUGAGCUUAUUUUUCGUUUAAUUUCAAUCGUAAAAUAUGCGGCAUGUGGCGAGUAGUGUCUGAGAACUGAAUAAUUGUUUAAAAAAACGUAGACCGUAACGUGUAGGCCUCCGAAGAAAGUUUGGUCGAGGGCCUGUAAACAACAUGUCCUCCGCCUCGCAGUCUUCCUCUAGACGGCAAUGGUGCUACCUCUGCGAUCUGCCCAAGAUGCCUUGGGCCAUGCUGUGGGAGUUCAGCGAGGCUGUGUGCCGGGGAUGUGUCAACUACGACGGCGCAGAUAGAAUAGAGCUUCUCAUUGAAACUGCCAGGCAACUGAAGAGCACACAUGGAGUUUUAGACGGCAGGUCCCCCGGUCCACAGCAGGGUAAACCCAGCCCGGCUGGGCCCCUGGAAGCAGGGCGGCAGCAUGGAGAGCGUAUAGAAAGGGGGAGGGGUGAGUAUGGGGUAUCUUCUCGCCUCCCCAAUGGCCUGCACAGAGCUGAAGAUGUGGCCUUGUCAGAGGGCAGCAGACAUAGCCCAAACACUCGUCGAGCUAUAGUUGGGGCAGUUCCUAAUCUUCAUGGCACAAUAUCUCAUGCCUUGAUAGCUCAAGGGUUAGUAGCUGCCCCUCAUGGGCUUUUAACCCCCUUAUCAGGCUCCAGGGCUGGGGCCACACCAAUUGCAGUCUCAGCUGGCCCCAUUAUGGGAGAUGCUGGCAGAAGACAGGUUGUGUCUCUGGGUGUGGGAGCAAGCACCUCUGCUCUGGUGGGUAUAGAUCCUGCAGUAGUGUGGAGGAACAAUGAAGUGAUGGCAGAACUGAAUGAGGUGGCUCGUAGCAGGGUUGAAGGCUGGCCAAACCGCCCCAAAGCAGUCAGGGAUGUGCUUGUAGCUCUUAGCAGCUGCGUCCCCUUUAAUGUGCGCUUCAGGAAAGACCAUAAUCUGAUGGGUCGUGUUCUGGCCUUUGAUGCCAGCACAUCUCCAGAGUUUGAUCUGAAGGUGUUUGUGGAGUAUCCUGCCGGUUCUGGAAUGAUCUUCUCAGGAGUCCCUGACCUGGUCAGGCAGAUGUUCCGUGACUCAGCCAAAGAUGCAGGUAAAGCAGUGAACUCUGGGCUACGCUAUGUGGAAUACGAGAAGCGGCAAGGCACAGGAGACUGGCGUGGGCUGUCUGAGCUGUUGAAUGAUGGUGUGCGUAUGUUUAAAGAACCCCCAAUUCCAGAGGUUCUGCCACAGCCAGACGCAGGUUUGCCUAUGGCAGCCGCCGGACGCCCUCUACCAGCAAAGAGCACGACUCGCCGUCGCAAGGCUUCUCCGGGCUCUGAGAAUGGAGAGAGCGAAGCCAGGCCUGAUCACCCAGCGAGGGAUCCCUGGCCUCGAGGUACUUACUCAAGUAUGGAACCUCUUCCUGGCAUGGCUGCUCCUCAAGAGGGCCCACCCCGUUUACACAGCCAGCCCUCGCCCAUCUCAGCGCUCAUGGGAGUUGCAGACAGCCUGAGCUCCAGCCAGAUGACCAGAGAUAGUCCCAGCAUGUCCACAGCCCACUCGUCCUCAGCUGGGCGCCCCACCAGCAGCAGCCCCUCCACUGCCUCCACCUCAGUCUCCCAGGCAGCUUUGGGCCAGGGUUUAAGUGCAGUGGGGCAGAGCAGCAACACCAGUGCUGGGGAGUCUACAAGCAGUGCUCAGGGCACUCUGCUCUGCUGCACCCUCUGCCGAGAGCGCUUGGAGGACACUCAUUUUGUCCAGUGUCCCUCUGUCCCACACCACAAGUUCUGCUUCCCCUGUACUAGAGGAUUCAUCCGCAGCCAAGGUCAAGGUGGGGAGGUGUACUGCCCCAGUGGAGAGCGCUGUCCCCUGGCUGGAUCCUCUGUGCCUUGGGCCUUCAUGCAGGGAGAGAUCUCAACCAUCCUGGCCGGAGACGGAGAUGUGACAGUAAAGAAGGAGAGUGACCCUUGACGUCUCCACCCGGUUGUGGUGAAUGUGGAUCAAACACUUUGAAAGCACUUCCCUAUUAUCUCAAGCAGAGGUCCACUGUGGCUGCAGUUCAUCAUGUGUGCCUCUGACAUCAGAAGAACUCUGAACAGCCACACACACCGUUAACUAAAGACACAACAAGACUCACUUUUGAGAAGAGGGACAUGUCUGUCUGUCAGGGCUCGGCUCACCUGUGGAGGAGGGCUGCUACGUCACAACCGAAUGUUGAGUCCUGACCAAAUCUCUCUUCUUUGUCCAGUGCAGCCGAGGCCUUUCAUCAGGCCUCGUUUUCAAAGCCCAGGAUAGAAAGCACAUGCUUGUUUUAGGAAUGACAAUCUAUUGUCUUUCAUUUGUGUUUGUUAUAUAUAUAUAUAUAUAUAUAUAUGUUGCAUACUGUCCUAUACAGAUGGAUGACAGCGAUAUUGACAGAUGGUUUGACAUCUCUGAAAAACAAAUGAAUGUUCAAAUUGUGGCAUAAACCAUUGGGUCCUUAAAGCCAAGGAUUGAAAAAAUGUAAUCUCACAACAUGUCUCUUAGGUAUUCUCAUUAUUGUAUGUCGAAAAUGUGAAUCUACUUUCAAUAUGACUAUGUAAUUUCUAUUUUUGAUACAAUACAAAUUUAUAUGCAUUUGUUUAUAGUGAUAAGAAGACCAAAGAUGGCUUCAUGCUCAGUGUAAUUAUUGUAUUGUAGCUGUGUAUGCUGUAUUCACUGAUAACCUUGGCAUCGGUCACUAAUUUGUUCAUCUAUCAGAGGUAAGCUUGUUUUGUCUAUUUACUUUUUGAAUUAUGUAUGUUAAGAUAAUUAGCAGCACAAUCUUCAAUGGUUAACCCACAUACUCAAGAUCCUGACGGGUCGAUUCUACAAUAAAUUGCAAAAUAGUAAUUUGUCA